UAAUCGUGUACGGUCGUACACGCUCCGAUCCACUAUCGACAACAAAAAAUUCACCGUACCGUGUGCAUGUAAAAUACAGCACAUAUCAGAAUUGCUGUACACAGAACUCGGGCGGCUAGCUGAGAAACUAAAGCGGUAUAUAUCUGGGAUUUUCGCUUGAUUUUUUCGCCUGUAAAAACCCAAGAUGGCGAGUGGAAUGGAUAUGACGGCGGUUGUGGAGUCGAUGAACCGAAUGGAAAAACUCUUAGAGAAGAUAGAGGACAAUGGACGAACAGAAGAAGUGGUACACAAGAAACGUACAGAUGGCCAGAAGGUUUACUGUCGGAUGAGGGUAAACAUUAUCACGAUCGGUGAUAUCGAUACUAUCAAGGAGGAGUUUACGUGUGAACUCGCCCUGACUGUCAAAUGGAAGGAGCCUGCCAUAAAGGGAAUGAAGGCUGAGGACAUCGAUUGGGGCGAGCAAUGGGAUCCCAGGAUCUAUUUCUUCAACGCUGUCAGCAUUGAUAAGUACGAGGUCAAGAAACGACUCGGGCUGAAAUCGGCAGACGAUGAUGAAGACGAUCCGAUACCCGAUGCUCAGCUAUCGAUCAGAAUGAAGGGAGUUUUCAAGUCGUCCAUGAAUCUCUCCAAUUUUCCUUUCGAUUACCAGGAUCUGAAGAUCAAGAUCAUGUCAGACUGGCCUAGGAAAGUAGUUGAAUUCUGCAAGGACAUGAGCCAGAAAGACAGUGUCCGGACAGAUACAUUCACAGGUGAACAAGAAUGGGAAUUACAGAAACACGUGUCUGCCAAAGAAGUGGAGGAAGAGAAGAUGACAUCGGGGGCUGUAAAUACCUACCCACUCUACAACAUCGUGGUCAAUGUCAAGAGGAAGGCCAGUUACUAUAUGUGGAAUGUUGCUCUCAUCAUGUUUCUGAUCACCCCACUUGCCUUCACAUCAUAUGCUGUGGGUGCCGAUGCUCCGGAAGAUAGAUUAAGUGUGACAUUAACAUUGCUUCUCACCGCUGUUGCUUUCAAGUUCGUCGUAUCACAGAGUCUACCGAACACAUCAUACCAAACACUUCUUGAUUACUACGUGCUCUGGUGUAUGACGUUCCUGUGUUUGGUUGUCAUCCAAAAUGCUGUAGCUUCACUGUUCCCACUUGAUAAAGUAUGGGAGCAGUUUGAUCUACCAACUCUCUGUGUCCUGGGCGGUCUCACCGUCCUUCUAAACUUCAUAUUCAUCGUAGUCGCUUGUUGGAAAUCUCAUAAAGUUGGAUCCCAGAUGCAAGAUGCUACCAACAAAUACAAUGACCUUUGUGAUGAGAUUAAGGCGACCAAAGGACGAGGCAGAAAUUACAAGGGAACGAUGGGUGAAAUGAGCAUCCAAGAAGAGAGAGCUCCCCUGUCGAACCCUGACACAAUCCAAGAGAGAGGCCGUUAUGACAAGGUUUAAAUACCGCGCCAAAUGCUUUCAAAAAUAUAAACACAUGACUUCGGUAGCUGUUUGUUAUUGCAGACAGGGCGCCCUUACGAUUUAUUAUUUCACUAGGAUUAUGAGAUAGUGAUAGCGAGACAGUGAGGAGCUGCCUGAAUUGUACCUUGUUGGUCACGUGACCGAGAUAGUAUGUUUUUUUUUAUUUGUGCAUUGUACAUACCAUCCACUCACUUCUUUCAUCAAAGUGAAGUAACAUCAAAUACAUGUUCCCUUUUCUUCAUUUUACUAAAUGUCUGUUUUAUUAUGUCCAUGAUAUUAUUUUUUUCUAAUUCUUAUUUUUAUACCAAUGAUAGUGCAAAGUGAACUAAUAUUGAAAAAAAGGGAAGGCGGACCGUCGUUUUAUUAUUUUAGGAGAAAAUAGUUAUGCAUUGGAUGACGGUGAGGAUAAUGAUCAUGAUUAUGAGGAUGAUGGUGAUGGCAUCUUUUCUAUGGCAAUGUGCCGGAAUGCACUUGGAUGAAAUGCCAUGAAGGUAUAUAGUUUUAAGAGCAUCUAUACUGUAUAGUAAAAUAGAACUGUGACAUGAUUAAAUCUCGCGCUGAUUACCC